AUGGCAGACCUGAAGGAGCCGGCGCAUGGUGGUCUCUGGUCGAGUUAUGCCGGCUCAACAGUACCACUGUCGACUCGCUUCCCUCAUCAUGUAGACUCGGCGCUUCCGCAUUCUUCAGCGGCACCGCCUCAGCACAGCGCUGGCCGGACAAGGACCAGCAUCGACCACCCAUUCACCUACCCCAGGUACUCUCAAGGAGAUACGGACGCCUUUCACCGGCAGCAGCAGCAACAGCAGCAUCACUCGUUGACGCAACACCACAGUUAUCCAAACCUGAAGCGCUCCUAUGAUGAGAGCGAGCACCCACCAUACCAGGAGAUCGUCCAGGACCUCAGAGAUGACGGCUCAAAACUCACCGUCAACCACGACCACAAGCUGCUCUCUUUCCGUCGCGUCCAGGACAAGCACACAAUCGUUGACCAGCAUGGACGAAUGCAGCAGCUCGAGCUCUCGGCACAAUUGCACGGGAUGUUCUUCCUCUCGGAAAUGCCAGCAAACACUAAUGAUGGGGCCACUAUGCAGCCAGAACUUACCUGCUACCGCCGGAAUCUCUUUCAGAUCAGUGGAUCGCUGAUCACGCCGCGAGGCCAGUUGUCAAUUCUGCGUGCAGAGACGGGGGAACAGGUCCCAGUGAGCAACACUGAAGUGACAGUAUCAGCCAUCGAGUCGGUUGACGGACACAAUGUCCGACUUAUUGUCAUCCCAUGGAAGACGCCGCCACCAAAUGCGCCAGAGCUGCCUCAAGGACCCGACCAGGAGCCGCCUUCUUUGCCAUUGAUUCCUUUCCAGGAUGACGGUACUGAGACAGAUGGCGAGUAUGCGGUCUAUCCCAUUGGCUGGCGGCGUCUGCAGUUCCGAAUUGCCACUGCCAACAAUGGAAGACGCAAGGAGCUUCAACAGCACUUUGUAGUGCACCUGAAGGUUAUGGGAACACUGAGCGAUGGAAGCAAGGUUGUGCUGACGGAAGCUACGACAGCUCCCAUCGUUGUGCGAGGGAGGAGCCCGAGAAAUUUCCAGGCUCGCAAGGAGAUCCCACUUCUGGGAUCAAGCGCUGGAUCACGAGGACAGGCUCUCGUCGAGACGGGGUUGGGAAUCGUUGCCGGGCCUCUGAGUGUCAAGCCCCAGGAUAACAAGCUGAGGGGAUUGAACCUGGAACUGCCGCGAACUGCAUUCACGUUUAACGCGACAAAGUUGCCAGGGACUCCUGUGACAAUGAGAUCAAACUCAUAUCCCUCUUGGAACCCGGCUAGUCAGCUUCCCGUUUCUCAGAUGCCUCAGUCAGCGACGGCAGCAUACGCACCAACCAGCCUCUCGGCCGAGGCCUACCAGAAGUUGCCAAUUUCGGGAGCGCAAACGUACUCGACCGAGCCUCAGGAUCUGCCUCUGCAAGCGACCAUGCCCCCGGUCCAGGUCUCCAUGGUAGCCAGCGAGCAACAGCCCGCAAUCCGGACGCAGUAUGCAUAUGUCGGAAACACGACAGCGCCGCCGCAGCUUUCGAUUCCCGCGACCGCCAUGAGCACCGGCUCGGACAACAGCUUGAGCGUGCCCCGUUAUGUCGACAGUGCCAGGCCGGCAAAGAGCCCUAGACAUUCCACACACCAAUCCGUCCACAGCGGUAGCUCGCUGACGAACAACGAUGCUUCCGAAUACCGCUAUGGCUCGUCGUACGUGUCUGUGAAUCACCAUACCCCUGGCGACUUGACUUCGUCAUCAUACAAUGCCGGCGACAGCGGUUCGGCUGGCGGACACGCCCAGCCUCCCUCGCGCGAGUACUACCCUCCAACCACGACGUGGACAACCACUGCCAGUGAACCCAACGCCACGGUGCAUUCGUACCACAAUACGGACAGCAGACCUUAUGCGUACUCGGAUCAAUACAAGACUGGGCACGCAAUGCCUCCGCUCAAGACGGAUCCGAACCAAGCGCAGUCCUCGUACGGUGGUCAGCUGAACCACUACAGCUGGAGCCCGACAUGA